AAAAUCGACGUGCUUUUUAUGCCUAUCGCUAACCAACAGAUCUCGUCUGCCUUCCAGUUGAUCGUCUUCUCGUCGCAGUUAAUUCGAUUUCAAAACCCAAAAUCGACGUGCUUUUCUUCAAUUCCCUGUUGAUUUACAUAUUAUGCAGCUUUUCGUUUUGGAGUGUUAAUCUACUGAUUCCACUUAGUACUGCAAUGUGUUUCAUGAAUUAGGAGGUCGAUCUUAGGUAUUUAAUGGCGUCAUCUAGUAAGAAAAGGAAUGAGAUGGUAAACGAGGCUGAGGAAGAAGAAGAGUUAGAACAUUUUGAUGACUUUACCCUAGCCUCUUCAUGGGAAAGGUUCAUAUCAGAAAUCGAGGCUGUUUGUCGACAAUGGUUAGCAAGUGGUCCCAAAAAUUUGUUGGAAAAGGGAGCUGUUCCCCUGGGGGAACCGAAGAACUUGUAUAAGGUCAAGUCAGAGCUGAAAUAUGCUAUGAAAAACUAUUGCAUGGAGUACUACUUCGAAAUUAGUAAUGCUGGAAAGGUUGUAGAUUGGAAUUGCACUUCACAUGACCUGCAAUUAUCUUUUGGUGUGAAGGAAUUCAUGGUGAUUGCACCUCAAAGUGCCAGUGGGGUUAUUCUUGAUUCACCAGAGGCUAGCAAGCUUCUAAGUGCAGUUGCUAUAGCCUUCUCAAAUUGUUCUAGUUUAUGGCCAGCAUUUGUUCCAGUGCAUGAUCCUUCUCGAAAAGCUUACAUUGGUAUCCAAAGUAUGGGGACAGUCUUCACUCGAAGAUUUGAGGCAGAUCUUAUUGCUAGUCAGGUUCCAGUAAAACUUAUGCAUUUGGAGGGAUUGUAUGAGCUGUUUGUCUCUAAGUUUGCCUUCUCCUCGUCAGACCUUUCGACACAUCUCUUCAGAGUUCAUUUCACCAUGAAGCUAACAUACAAAACUCUUCCUUACGAUGAUGACAAUGAAUUGCAAAAAUCCGACUCCGAGAUUACUGAAUCUGGUGUGGAUACUGUAAGUGAUAGCCGCAACAAACUACAAUGGGAUGAUGAUUGUCCUUGGAGUGAGUGGUACACUGCAGAAGACCCCGUAAAAGCUUUUGAAUUGAUUGCCAUGUGGGAAGAGAAAACGGUUGAAAGCUCCAUGGAGAUGGCUGAACUGGAAAAUGCUUCUAUCCAUGAGGCUCAAAAGUGGUUCAUUGUUCCCGAAUUCUCUUCAUAUCUCAUGGGUGAUCAUAUGGGAAACAUGGUUGGGUUUGCUUCACAACUUCGUCUCUUGAUUGAUGCAUUGGCUAUGUCCUUGGAGGUUCAAUUCAUGGAAGAUUUUGUUUCAGUUGAAACAUCAGGAUCUGACAAAUUGAAGUCAUCUGCAGUAAUUCCUCCACCGACAGUUCUUGAUCGCGUGCUCAAAGAUCUUUGUCAUGCGGGACCUGGACUCAUUUCUCCCCAAGGCGGACACAAGAGUUCUCGAACUAUCAAGGGCGCUCCCUUGGAAAAUCUGUUUGCUCAAUUUUGCUUACACUCGUUAUGGUUCGGAGACUGCAACAUACGUGCCAUUGCCGUACUAUGGAUAGAGUUUAUUAGAGAAGUCCGUUGGUGUUGGGAAGAGUGCCAGCCAUUGCCACGGAUGCCAACCAAUGGCACACUUGACUUAUCAACUUGUUUGGUAAACCAAAAGCUGCAUAUGCUUGCAAUAUGCAUCGACAAAAAACGUCAGCAGCUGGACAGCCAACAAGAUGGUAACAAUAGUGAUUCUCUUAGCGUUGAGGCAGAUGAUCUGGUUAAGGAGGGAUUAUCUGAUCCAUCGAGAGCCAAAGAACGUUUAGUUGAGGAAAGUGACAGCACUUCAACUUCCGAUGGUUUUCAUAAAUCUGGAACAACCAUUCAUAGGUAUAGUUCUACGCCGCAAUAUGAUGUAACAUCUGCUAAUUUAGAAUCUUCAAAUCAUAAGAGGAGGGGAUCAGCAGGUGUAGUUGAAUCCAUGAUGCUUCUGAACUCACACAACUACAUGCAUGCUCCAUUCACUCAGGAUCCACCAAUUAUGACCGAAGAUAUGCAUGAGGAAAGGCUCCAUGCUGUUGAAGUCUUGGGUGAUUCAUUUAGCUUCUCUGCCCAGUUGGAGAAGGACAUACUAUCUUCAGAUAUGUCGGCAUUUAAAGCUGCAAACCCAGAUGCUGUUUUUGAAGAUUUUAUUCGAUGGCAUUCCCCGAAAGAUUGGGAGGAUGAUGACAGUUGUACAUCAUCAUCUUCUACUGUUGAAACAGGAGAGUUGAAAAAGAAAUGGCCUCCUCGAGGAAGACUUUCAGAGAGAAUGUCGGAUUCUGGUAAUUCAUGGCGCAAAAUAUGGAAUGAUGCACCUCCUUUGCCAGUUUCAGAGCAGAAGCCACUUAUGGAUCCCAAUAGAGAAGGAGAAAAGAUACUUCACUAUUUGGAAACAGUUCCACCACAUCAAUUGCUGGAACAAAUGGUCUGCACCGCCUUCCGAGCAGCAGCCGACACUCUUAACCAAACUAGCUUUGGUGGGCUAAAACACAUGACAACAAAAAUGGAUCAACUAUAUCUCACUUUGGCUUCUGUAUUAAGGCCUUUGCAAGCAAACAAGUUACCUGGGGAUAUUGAGAUAAUUGAAGACAUAAGACGACUUUGUGUUGUAUUCGAGCAUGUGGAGAAGCUAAUAAUGGUGGCAGCUUCUCUUCAUCGCAAGUUCUUGCAAGCACCGCAUCUUGCACAAGCUAUUUUCGUUGACUUUUACGACUUUUAUGUACGGAAAAUGGGAAAAGGCUCCGUUAAAGGAGAUGCAAACAAGGUCGGUGAUUGGUUUGUGCAGGAAGUGAAGAAGCGGCAAGAAGUAAGGGUGAAGGAGAGAGAUGUGAUAACAAAUAUGUUUGUUCAACCGUCGGCUAACCAGUCUUGGCGGAAAGUGUUGAGCAUGGGGAAUUUACUGAACGGGCACGAACCAAUUCUUCGGGAAAUCGUAUUCUCGCUGCGAGAUCGAGUGGAUAGCAGUUACCAUGCUCCUAGGAAUUCAUGGAGUCAUGAGCAGGAAAUAGAAACUCACAGGAUGUACAUUUGUGGUACCUCAAAUGAUCUAAGGGUAGCUCUCUCUGUUACUUCUUGUGAUUGAUAAUAUACAUCUUUUUAUUUAUGUUUUUUCUAUAAAUUGAUGAAAUCUUAUAUUACUAAUUAUGUUUUUCUAUACUU